AUGAAGGUGGAGGUGCCCUACAAUCCUCUGGAGUUCUGUCCCAUCGUCAUUGGGAUUUACUUUGUGCGAGUCUUCCAUGGAGUGCAUGCAAGCCGUAUUGAGGCAUACCCCCCCCCCAAACCAUCAAGACAAAGUCGGGUUUGCCCACAAACUGAAUGUGGCCCUACAUGCAGCCCGCGCCAAACACGGGAACCUGUGGACAUUCGCAAAGCAUUUGACUCGGUCUCCCACAAGGUAAUACUAGGCAUACACCAACAGAAAGGGGUCCUCAAACUCCUUAUGGGGUAUCUGCGGUCCUACUUCAGCACAAGCAGGCUACAGACUGGAAACAACCUGAUCCACCCUAAACAUAGUGGGGUCAAUUGCACACCAUCCCGGUUAUGCUGGGGUGGUCGUUCCGUCGAUAUCUAUUGCAAAUGUGGUAGCAAUGCUCCCAUGAGCCUACCUCACAUUGUCCAAACGCCAUAA